AUGGCCUCACCGGAUCUGAAAUACACAAUGAUCUUCCUGUGUCAGAUGCUCAUUGGAAUCCUGGGGAAUUUCUCACUCUUAUGUCAUCACAUGUCCCUUUACCUCAGUGGAUACAGGUCAAAGUCCACAGAUUUGAUUCUCAGUCAUCUGAGUUUAACCAACUCCUUAGCCAUUCUCUCAAGAGGAGUUCCAGGGACAAUGGCAGCAUUGGGGUUGACACAUUUUCUCAGUGACUUUGGUUGCAAACUUGUUAUUUAUGUUCAGAGACUAGCCAAGGAUAUGACCACGGGCAACACCUGCCUCCUGAGUAUCUUCCAGGCCAUCACCAUCAGCCCCAUGAACCCCAGGUGGGCAGAGCUUAAAGCAAAAGCUGCCAAAUACAUUGGCCCCUCCAAUAUGUUCUGUUGGAUCCUGAACAUAUUACUACAUAUUAGGGUUGCUCAGCACAUAACCGAUAAGUAUAACAAUGAAAGCCUCUAAAAAAUUGUGGACCUCGGAUACUGUGUUUUUGAACUUUAUGCUAAAGAUGCAGACUUACUAUAUAUAAUAUUCAUAUCCAUCCAUGAUAUUUUGUGUUUAGGACUCAUGGCUUGGGCCAGUGGGACCAUGGUUUCCAUUCUGUGCAGACACAAGCAGCGUGUCCAACACAUUCAUGGGACCAAAGUGUCCCCCAGAUCCUCUGCUGAGAUCAGAGCUAUCCAGAGCAUCCUUGUCCUGGUGACCACUUUUGUAUCUUUUUAUACCGUCUCCCUCUUUAUUCACAUGUAUUUUGUUCUUUUUCAGAAGACCACUUGGUGGCUGAUGAACAUCUCUACCCUAAUCAAUGUGUUUCCCACUGCCAGCCCCUUUGUCCUCUUGAGUUGUGACCAGCGUGUAUCCAGAUUCUUCCUUGUGUACGCUGGGAAACUCAAACUGUUGCCACAUCCCUUCAGAAUAGCAUAA